UUCAUUUUAAAUUAUGACAGCAGCAUCUUGAGCUUAACGAGAACGACGGCCAUGACGUUUUUACUUUCAUUUGCUUAAUUUGUAUUUUAACUAAAAUUUUUCUUUACAAAAAUCUGGAGAAACGCCUUCAAAAGUGAAUAAAAAGUAUAAACAUUUUUAGUGUGAAGAAAUUUGUCAUCUACUCCAGAUCCGUAGGGAAGUGGACAAACAAAAGAACGAUACAACAAAAUAUUCGUCAUCAUAACAGCGAACUGCAAGCCUAUUUGUAAUGGCCUCAUUAUCGGCAAGCGCUGAAAACAUUUCGUGCGACCAACAACAAACGACCAACGAUGCCUCGUCGAUGUGCCUGGAGCUGGCGCUGGAAGGUGAACGCUUGUGUAAGGCUGGGGAUUGUAGAGCUGGGGUGGCAUUCUUCUUGGCCGCCGUCCAAGCUGGAACUGAUGAUCUGCGGACACUGAGUGCCAUCUACAGUCAGUUGGGCAACGCAUAUUUCUACCUGGGUGACUAUUCCAAGGCCAUGCAGUACCACAAACUGGAUUUGACGCUCGCCCGUUCUAUGAACGACAAAUUGGGCGAGGCCAAGUCAUCGGGAAAUCUAGGAAACACUCUCAAAGUGAUGGGCCGCUUCGAUGAAGCGGUAAUCUGUUGCGAUCGUCAUCUUACAUUGGCACGCCAAUUGGGGGACCGACUCUCUGAGGGGAGAGCGCUCUACAAUUUGGGAAAUGUGUACCAUGCCAAGGGCAAACAUAUGGGCCAGCGUAAUCCCGGAGACUUCUCCGAUGAAGUGAAAGAAGCUCUCACAAAGGCGGUGGACUUCUACCAAGAGAACCUGAAGCUGAUGUACGAGUUGGGAGAUCGCGGGGCCCAGGGCAGAGCUUGCGGCAAUUUGGGAAACACAUACUAUUUGCUAGGUGACUUCCAAGCAGCUAUAGAACAUCAUCAGGAGAGAUUGAGGAUAGCUAGGGAAUUCGGUGACAAGGCAGCUGAACGCAGGGCAAACAGCAAUCUGGGUAAUUCCCACAUAUUCUUGGGGCAAUUCGAAGAAGCGUCCGAGCAUUACAAACGAACUCUAUCACUAGCCAUUGAAUUGGGGGAGCGUGAAGUUGAGGCACAGUCUUGCUAUAGUCUCGGCAACACAUAUACCCUUCUUAGGGAGUUCCCUGCAGCUAUCGAGUAUCAUCACAGGCAUUUGGCCAUUGCUCAGGAGUUGGGUGAUAGAGUGGGUGAAGCCAGGGCUUGCUGGAGUCUGGGAAACGCCCACUCUGCAAUUGGCAAUCACGAAAAGGCUCUGCAAUUCGCGGAAUCACACUUCAGUUUGGCCAAAGAACUCAAUGAUGCUGUGGGAGAAUCAACAGCAAAGGUAAACAUCACAGAUCUGCGGAAGAUGCUUGGCUUACCGCGACUCACUGACGAGGAAAAUCACAUCCUCGGCUCUGAUGCAGAAAACUCGACAGAUUCUGAGAACACACAAGUAAACGGAAAUUCUCGCAUGAUCCGCGUGCGUCGACAGAGCAUGGAACAACUUGACCUCAUCAAGAUAACUCCCGAUGGCAAGCGGGCGGGAGCAGCUGCUGCUGCAGGUGCGCAGCAGGUGGCCGAGGGUCAGAAGUUUGUCAAAAAAACGAAUGAGGAUGAUUUCUUCGAAAUGCUGUCGCGUUCACAGUCAAAACGCAUGGACGACCAAAGAUGUUCCAUUAAAAUCACCAAAAAAGAAAUUCAAAUGCAGUCACGAAAACCACUGACUCAACAGAACUCAUUAUCUUCCUCUAAUUUUCCAAAAGAACCAGAGGCUUUGAAACCUACAGGAAGCUCCGUAGAUGUUUCAAGUGCUCAGACAGUCCCAGCUCAGCCAGAUGAUGCUUUCCUGGACAUGCUCAUGCGAUGUCAAGGCUCCCGUAUCGAGGAGCAGCGAUCAGAAUUGCCGAUUCCAACAAUCACAAUGGAUGCUGAGACUAACGACCAACAGCAUCGUCAAAGACGGCCUGGUGGAGCAUCAGGUGCAACUGUCCCAGACGAGGAUUUCUUCUCGCUCAUAAUGAAAGUGCAAAGUGGACGCAUGGAAGACCAAAGAGCCGCAAUUUCAUUUGCACCCAGUAAUCGCCUUCAAGGCAACAAUGCUCAGACUUCAAACAAUUCUUCACAGGGACCUUCCAAAUCAGCAAAGUAAAUUAUAAAAAAAAGAGAAUACAAAUUAUUCUUUUUUAAUUAUUAUUAUAUUAUAUUAAUUAUAUUAUAUAUGAAGAUAUACCAUAGUUAUAGUUGGAACAGAGAAAAAUUACAAAUAUAUUAUAUCUUGUUGAAAUGCUCCUGAAACUGUCCAUAAAAUGCAAUUUAUUAGAAGAAACAAAAAGCACUUAACUUGCAUGGAAAAUCUUAUUUUUGAUUAUACAAAAUAAUAUACUAUACCUUUCUACGAAGAACUAUAUACCUACAAAUGUGAGGAUGGUGCAUUUAAAGAUGAAUGAUUUUAUUAAACUUUUAGCUAUCUAAGGGAAUUGUAAUUGCUGUCACUGUGUCGUUGUGUUUCUCUUUUUCCAUCUUUACCCAAAAGAAAAGUAAAAGUAAUACGAAUUUUCAAAAAUAUUCGCCUUUUAACAAAACGUAAUGAUUUACAUAUAUUUUUUAUUGUAUUUUCUAAGAUAUUAAUUAUAAUAAAUAGACUCUUCUGAAAUUAUUGUACUAACAAAAUAAAACAAGGAAUAAAGAUUUAAGAAAUGAAAGUUA